AUGGACCUCAGUCUCGACGAGAUAAUUGUAAGGGAUCGGCCUUUUCGCCGUGGACGUGGAGGUCCGGGUUCCAUCAGAAUGCGCGGAACACGUGGCGGUCGAAUCCAAAAACGCAGCCCUGGCUUUAGUAGUGUAUGUCGCUGGUUUUUUGCUCAACUUUCCGAAUAAAGACCCGAAAACUUGCUGACAAAUGGCAACAUGACCUUUUCGAAGGCUCUGUUGGAGUGGCAGCUGGCGCCCCAGCGAAACUUCACAUAUCCAAUUUGGACUUCGGUGUCAACGAUGAUGACAUUCAGGUUGGUUAUCGCCCGGUCUUUGUAAGUCUUUUAAGGAAUUGUUCCAAGAGUUCGGUGUAUUGCGCAGAGCUGCAGUCCAUUACGACCGAAGUGGCCGUUCCCUCGGAACAGCCGAAGUCGUGUUUACGGUCCGUUCAAACGCUGUCAGAGCCAUGGAACAUUAUAACGGCUUGCCGUUAGAUGGCCGUCCUAUGAACAUUCAGCUCGUUGGAGGUGCUCCAGGUUAGUCGCCUCGCAAUUCGCAGGCUUGGUUUCCAAGUUUGCUGGGGCUGCCCUAUAUCCAUUGCAAUUGCUCUUGGAGUCUUUGUACAUCUAUUGAAAACUGGCCUGCUUCCGGGCGUGGAGGUGCCGGAACCCCUGAAUAGACCGCUGGAGCGUCGAGGCCAGACAACCAACAGUCUGCGGGACAGCCGAAAGGACUCAAUCUGAGAGCUACUCCGAGGGCCAUGGUUCAGAUCUGGGUUGAAGGUUUGAACGUGUCCAACUUUUUUGCAUUAACUAAUGUAGUUUUUCAUUUUGAAUGGGCUUGGGCCGACAUUAUUGUCGACCGGUGGUCCGUCUUCUCUCAGUUAAGGUUGUGGUUCACCUCACAAAAGUUACGAGUCGUCGGACUGUACACAGGAUUCGGGGCGUUUUUUUCACCGAAGUAUUUAGCCCUUAUAUUAAAUCGUGUCAGACACGUAUUUUACCACGUUCCAGUCUGUAAGAGUACCUACGGCAAAGUUGCAGUCACGCGUGUUGCAUACAUCAAAUCUGUCAUUCCAAUGUUAGUCUUUAGAUGUUGUUGGCGGCGCUGCUGAAAUCCGAUUCCUGUAGUUGAAUGCACCGGGAACGUGGCGGAUGAUAGUUAUUCCCAAUGACCACCCCUAUUCGGGCCCACAUUUUAAUAGCCCCUCUCCACGCUGUCAGUUGUCAUUUACGAUAUUGUUUCAGGUGCGCUCGGCCUAACCAAGUCGGUUACGUCGGCUGUUCCGUUCUUCAGACCGAAACAUGGCAAUAACAAAAGGAAGUUUGCCACCUAACGGCACCGAAUACUGCCUCAGCCGGGGUACAUCACCACUGCCGGCUACUGAUUAUCAUUAAUGGCUCAUAGAGGCUGCUGGCGUUCCGUUGUCUUCUUUGCUUCCAUUAUUGGCCCGCCCUGGUAGCUUCCAUCCAGCUUGCCAGCCGGCGGCUAUUCCAUUUGAAAGUACUUAAAUUGGCUUCUUGAGUUUUUGGUGGAGCGUGCUCAGGAUUAGUCGAAAUUGCAGCCCGGCUCACUUGCAAAUGUUCUCCCUCAAGUCCCAAGAAGUCGGACAAUUUGCCGCACAUUUCCUUAGUUCAGUUGUAUUGGUGUUUAAAUGCCGAAUUCUUGGGUGAGCCUUCAUUGUCUCAUGUCUCUGCAACUGUUGGGUUCCGCACAUCCACGCUUCCGGCUUUGCUGUGUAAGCUGUUGUUUUUAAAAUUAGUGAUGCCUCUUUUAUACUGAGCAGACACUAACAACUCCCUUAGUAUUUCACAACAGCCUAGUUUAAGUCCAACAGUCACAUAAUGGAUGUAAAUAAGUUUUCUCAGAUAUCUUGUGUAGCAAGACCGCGUUUUCCCACAAAUAAGGAGUGACCGGAGGAAACGCCCGAGGCCGCCUUGGAACCGCUUUGAAGCGUAUGAACAUUGGCGCAAGCCCACGAGGAAGACUUCGAGGGGGACGUGGAGGACGAGGCCGUGGCCGGGGCCGAUUUAAUCGGCCUCCCGUAACCAGGGAACAAUUGGACGAGGAGCUGGCUGCAUACAAUUCACAGGUGCACUUUUUUCUCAGGCUGAUAUUAUUUUGGAAUAUUAUGUCUUGGUUUCGUGCUACUUUAAUCAACAAUUUCGUUGCGAGGUUCCUGACGGUGAACAUCGUUGUCUCCGAAGGCAGCAUCAACUCAAACGCUACUUAGUUCCGCAGCAUGUAGCCCCUUUCUCACAUCCACAAUAGUUUUCUGCCACGACAAUCGGGAGUAGGCUUGACGAAGACAAACUAGCAUCUUCGCGUGUGACGUGUGCUAGUUGUCCGUCCGGCCCACUUGUGAGGAGGCACCCGUAGCUUCAAUUUUUCUCGUGUCUCCCCCACAUGGGCGUUCUGUCACAGUUCCCACUAGUAAACGCAGUUUGGCUGUCGCCUACUCAGAUCGCGCGAACCCAGCGGUGUUUGUGGAAUUAACAAACGGCAAGUUGGUGUACGUACGAAAAAGGCACUUUCCAAGCCUUUUUACCACUUCCGUGUGCGCCGCGAACCCAGCUGCAAAUUAACAAGAUAACAAUGCAUCUUACUGGCAGAUAUAAGAAUGGUUAACAGACUUCCUUAGGGAAAUCUUCCCCCAGAAAUCACCGACUUCUUCUGUCUUGGUUUUGGACGUGAAACUGAUGGAGCACUAAUAUUUUCUGACCAGAAUUUGCUGUUUGCCACCAAUCGAUCUAUUCCCGCAUCGUCACAUGAAACCUUUUGGCCUGACAUUCCAACGAUAUACAUGCGGCUAGCUAAAGGUUUCGCAACUGGGUGUUCGAUAACAACUACAUGCGUGGUGCCGCAACAGGCUAGGACUGUUGUCAUCCCUAACACGCCCGGCUGUUGGCCAUUUGUCCACGCACUGAAUGUCUUGUAAAAUUAUAAAAGGCGAAGUAAAACGAAGCUCUGUACACAGAAAUUUGGGUUUUACUCUGCCGCCCGAAUCGAAGUAACAGUCACCAGGAACUAAUUGUCCUCGAGGUCCACAGUCUUUCAGGCUGCUGCGAUAAUUGCCAGAUUUGCACGGUAACGCCGAAGGGAGUGGGUCAGCUCGUGAACUCUGCAGUUGUCAACCCAGACAGCUCACUGUAGAUCUCCAAGUUAGGACUCCUUUCGCCAACUGCAGAAAAUGAUGACAAAGUCGGCUAAAGAUAACCGCAAAAACUAUUGGACUGAAGUGACGAUUUCCUUGGGACAAGCUUCAGGCGUCGAGGCGCUCUAGACCACCAUGUGACUGAUAGGUCUCCCGCACCGAGUGACUGCAAUGUCCAUAGACAUUUUAUUGCUAACAACCUCGCCAAAUUCGAGCGCUGUUAAGAACACAAAAAGCGUCCUCCGUGCUUAAUAGAUCGACCCGCUAUAAGCCAUUUCAUUCUUCGGGCUAUGCAGCAUCGUUUUACCCACCACCCCAGGAAGAAUCACAGCCACAAUCAUGGGGUUGCACCUAAGCUAAGCUUCCGGAGAAGUCGGCAUCCCCACGGAAGCGAGUAAGUCGUGUGUCCCCACUGGCGUUCUGAUCCCGAAAAGUGAACGGGAAGGCGGCGUUGAAAUCGGUCCUGACGUAGCAUGUUCUUUUGGAGGUCGUUUAUUUUUAGUUUGCAGAAGUAAGUAGUCGAAAGGAUUCCCAAGUUGAAAAAGUAAGGAUGGUAUCGUUGUCGAACUCGAUGCAGUAGCUUGGGUUUGGAAAACCCUUCGAAGGUGCCACUAAACCCUAUGCUCUACCUCGAUAUUUUCAAAGAUUCAGAUGUGCCGAGUGUCCGUUUUGUCGGUUUUGCUAUACGGUUGUGAAUACUGAGCUGUGCGCGUAGAAGACAAGCGGUAAUUGGAAGUGUUUAACCACCGGAAAGUUAUUCUGCUAUGUGCGCCAGUGUCUUUAAUGGAACAGUCCACAUUCGCUGCAACAUUACAAAAGAAUGUCGGACCAGCCAAGAAUGAUUAAAGUGGUUUGGGCGUGUUCUGCGUCGUUCUCUGCGUUAUUUUGCGUAUCUGUUCAGGUCCCAUCGCUGAUGCUUGACUGGAGGCAAAGAAAAAUCCAAUUGAAGACUCGAAUGAACUUAGCCCGUCUAGGUAUGAAGCUAAUUUUCUGGUGGGGAACGGGUAGACCGACCUCCAGACCCGUUGUUAUAUCCCCACACAUCGAUAGGUGUAGUCUGCGAUAUCUUUGGGUCCGGCAAGAUCGGGUAUAAUCACAGCCAUACCAAGUAAAUAUGCGCAUAUACGAACCGGACGCUAUUAGAGGUCUGAGAUUUUUCUUCAAAGGGCGUCGCUGUAUAGGACUUGGUAAGAAGGAGCCAUUGUAGUCAGUGUUCGGUGACACUGAGUUAUUCCAUAGGUUGGCAGCCUUUCGAGCGCCAACCCUUCGUGCAUCUGGACGUUUGUAAUGAAAAUAGUAACUACUGGAUUUAUGUUAGGUCGAUUUCUGUCUUGUCAUCGUCUACUGAUGUUGCUUUCACAGUUAGACAAAAAUUGCGGUCGGGCACAGUGACUGGCCUGUCCUGAGACUUGCACUUGAUACGUGCCACAAUUUCGACUCCCGUCUAAGCUCAACAGCUUUGACACUUGGCAUAGUCUGCCUUGGGAUCUUUGUACUACAUCACUUUUCGAUCUCUUGUUAGUACCUGACCUGUUAUGAGGUAUCGCAUUUUGGCCAUAUCGGUCCUCACAUUCCGCUUUUCAGUUGUGCACACUGUGCCUGAAUACGCCGCGUACUGGACGUUUUUCCUCACUAGAUCCUCAUUUUAUGUCAGUUUCAGUGGCAGCCUUAGUUGUAUCGGUGGCGCGCAAAAUACUUGUAGUUUAAUCAUUUGCGUUUUCAAACAAGGCAAAUGAUAUCACCUUAGCAUUUUUUGUUGCUUGGCAGCCAUCUCUCAUACGGUUAUUUUCCUUCCUUUGCAGCGAUCCUGA